AUGAGCGCCAUGAAGUUCUGCCGCGAGUGCAACAACAUCCUGUACCCCAAGGAGGAGAAGGAGCGAAAUCGCCUGCUUGCUUGGUCCCUCCAGGAGGUGGCCGGCGACAACUGCGUCUACCGCAACAUCGUGCACCACGAGGCCGGGGAGCGCACGCAGGUCCUGCAGGACGUGGCCUCCGACCCCACCCUGCCCCGCACCAAGGACGUCCGCUGCGCCGCCUGCGGCCACGGCGAGGCCGUCUUCUUCCAGGCUACAGCAAGAGGGGAGGAGGGGAUGACUCUCUUCUUCGUGUGCUGCAACCCCUCCUGCGGCAACCGGUGGAGGGAGUGA